GGAAGCUCUCUUGUAUAUAAGCAGAAUCAAACGCUGUGAACGUAGUUUAAGAACAGUGCGGUAACAACUAAUUUUCUGUAUUCAUUACCGAUCUGUAAUACAUCAUUGUUAUAUUCAACGUGUUCGUUUCAAAGAAUUACGAGACAAUUGUAACUGGCAUCGAUCGGAGAGAAAGAACAUGUUCGUGUUAUCAAAAUAUUUUAUCUAAAUAACGUAAAAAAAUAGUGUACAUAUUUUGAUUUAUUAUUUAUGUGUGAAACAUUUAGUAAACGGACAAGUUUUAAAAUGCAUGCAGAAUCAUCUUCGAUUAUUUACGUGUUUUGCAUCUGAUGUGAUAUUUAACGACCUACAAUUAUCAGUGUUAAAAAUCAUUGCCGUGAAAAUUUAUAUUUCUUUCUUUUGUACUACACUCUCGCUCUUCUGUCAGAGAGACAAAAAAUGACGAACUAUGUAUAAAAGUAAAGUAUUAUCGAAGAUUUAUUCUUUUUAUAAGAUAAUUGACAAAUAGUACAGCAGAUAAAAACAGUGGUGAAAACAUUGAUGAAAAUAAGUUAUUUAAACAAUUAACUGUUUUAUGAAAAACAAACAUGUCUAUGCAAAAUUAUUCUAAGCUUUUAGCACAACUAAAAGAAUACUUACACAAAUCUGGUUAUGAUAAAAGUGUACAGAUUAUUUUAUCCAAAGAUUGGAUAGACUUUUUACAGAAAAUAACAUAUACACAAAUUGAUACUUUAAAAAAGCUAUCGCCUGUUGAAUAUAUAAAGAAUAUCAGUGAUAGUAAAGUGUCACAGACAGAAAAAUAUAUUAAUAAUGAUGAUGAAUUGAAAAGCAACAAUAUUGUCAUAAAAACCACACAAAGAGAAACAUUGACGACCAAUACCACUAAGGAUCAGAAGGUAUAUCAGCAAAUUCGUAAUGUAACUGUAACCGAACAAAAACUAGAAAUUAAAGAACAAUCAUAUGGUUUUUCACAAAUUUUGGACAGUUUAUUUGUUAAAUUAACCACUAAAAGCAAAACAGCUACCUUAGUCAUUUCACCAAAGUGGAAAGUAAAUCUUCAUAAAGAUGUACAACUGCACAGUAUUGCAUCAAGAACACGCCAUGUUUUGAAUAGUAUUAUAACUGCUGAAUCGAAUGCCUCAAGGUGGAGGAGAAUCGAAGAUCUGUUAACUCAUAUUGAUCAAUACCCAGAAGCUAAGCAUUAUGCGAUCAAAGAGGGAGCAAUUAGAAUGUUACUGAAAACUCAACGAAAAACGAAAAAUGAAGAAAUAAAAGCAUCUACUAGGGAAGCACUUGCAGUAUUAGGCUAUGUUGAUCCAUUACCAGGCAGAGGAAUAAAAAUACUUUCGAUCGACGGAGGUGGUAUGCGUGGAAUAUUAGUUAUAGAAAUGUUAAAGAAACUUGAAGAGUUAACAGGGAAGAGAACGCACGAGAUGUUUGAUUACAUAUGCGGCGUGAGCACGGGAGCUAUUCUUGCUGCAGUUUUAGGCGGACAUAAAAGGAAAUCGUUAAAUGAAGUAUCAGAAUUAUACAGAGAAUUAAGUAUUAAAGUUUUUACUCAAAGUGCUAUAAGAGGGACAAGUAAACUAGUAUGGAGCCAUGCAUAUUAUGAUACACUGCUAUGGGAAAAACUAUUGCAAGAACAUUUGGGAGAUAAGGUUCUCAUAAAAACUGUUCGUGAUCCAAAUGCCCCAAAGUUUUCAGCCAUAUCUGCUAUAGUAAACCAUGAACGCGUAAUGGCUUAUGUAUUCCGAAAUUACACUUUGCCUCACAGAGUAGAAAGUCAAUACAUAGGGUCGCAUAAACAUAAAUUGUGGGAAGCUAUAAGAGCAUCUGCAGCAGCGCCUAGUUAUUUUGAAGAAUUUAAACACGGCGAAUAUCUUCAUCAGGAUGGAGGUAUACUGGUAAAUAAUCCAUGUGCAGUUGCAUUACACGAAGCUAAACAAUUGUGGCCAAAUAAUCCAAUUCAAUGUGUGAUUUCAUUUGGAACUGGAAGGGCACCAAACCGAAUUUGCGAAAACAGUAAUGAUACGACGGAAUUGGUAAUCUCAAGUUGGAAAGAAAAAUUUUAUAAAAUUGUGGACAGUGCAACCGAUACGGAAGCCGUACAUACAAUGCUGAACGAUCUUCUUCCCGAACAUGUUUAUUUUCGCUUUAAUCCGUAUUUAACGGAAAUGUUGUCGAUGGUAGAAAUACGACCAGAGAAGAUCAAUCAAUUGGAACAAGAUGCGAAAAUGUAUAUACGUAGAAAUGAAGAAAAGUUUCAGAAAGCUGCUGGAGUUUUGUUAGAGAAAAGACAAAUUCAGCAGAAAGUUAUGGACUGGAUUGUGUUACAAAAACAAAUGUUAGGUCUAUGAGUUUAUGUAUUUCAUAGAUUAACAUGCAUUCCAUAACUUAUGACAGAACAUUAAAAAUGAUGAAAGCGUUAACAAUAAGUACAAAUCACAUACGAUAUAUAGUUAUUUUAUUUAAUUAAUAUUAAAUUAUUUAAAAUCAUAAAAUUACUAUUUGUUACUGUUAAAUAUUUAAUUAUAAAUAUUUGUCUUUUAUAUUAUGCUUUCAUAGUGAAAGAUUGUAGAAACUUUCAUACUUACUUCUGUAUGUCUAACGUGAUUUUGCACGUAUUUGUAAACAAUGACUUUUAUAAACAAUGUUAAAAUAAUAAUGUUCAAUCUAGAGGUAUUAUAUUAUAGGUACAAUUUUCAUAUGAAUAAUUAAUUGAACAAACCAAUUAAUAAUACAUUUUUUACUGUGAUUUACUUUUGGUGAUAUAUAUAUAUAUAUAUAUAUAUAUAUAAAUAUUAGAGGUAUGCAGGUAGCUUGAAAUUCGGUCCCGAGCUGUCAAGAAAUUAGCGAAUUGGGGCAAAGCUCGAUACAUUUCUGACCGAAUUAAGUCGAUUGCACACCCCUAAUGAAUACGUGUACAUACAUACAUAUAUUAUUUUAAGUACACAAUAGUUACAAAAAAAGGUUUUUAUCAUGUGAUGAAGCACCAAGUAUUAUUAGUCAGUAAAGGCUUGUUCGUAUUAUUAUAACCAUUAUCGUAUUAGAGUGAUUUGGUUUACCAGCAUACUUACUACAAACAUAUACUAGAAGUGGUUAUUUUUCUCAACUAGUUAAAUGUUUGAAUUGCUGUAUAGUGCAAUAACUCGUCGUCUACAUGUGCACGAGCAAAAUAAUUUAUCAUAAUUCUUUUGCAAGUAUGAAAGUAAUUUGUAUUUCACCGAAUGAAUGUAUUGUUACGUUUAAAAUCGUGGGCUAUUCUCUAUUUUAUAUGUAACUAUAAUGUUGUGUAUGUGAAUGCAUUGGUACAAAGAAAACUUUCAAUAAAAUAAGAAAUAUU